UACAAAACUGACUAUGAUGUUGUCUCUUUCUAACAUGAUUUCGCUCAUUUGCUUAGGCGCCGUCUACAUCUCCGCCCGUUGUCCGCCAUUUUGGUGUGGUUCCGCGUGUAUCUUGAGCGAAAUAGGAACAAUGGAUUUGGAAUUUACUGAAUUUUUAAAGUAGUCGACCACAGUAAGAUUAGUUCCUCCUCUGACUCCGAAAACGACGACAUUUUCUUUCGAUUCUUAUUUAUCAACUGUUCUAGUUUUAGGUUUCGCUCUGUUUCGCUAUUAUAGUUUCGCUUAACGGCGUUAGCACACUGACGCCGCAAACCGCGAUAGCGAACAGGAAAAAGCGGUAAACAAGCGAAAUUUAAGCGGUCGUUUUCACACCGCAUUUCAGUAUCGCAUUUUCCUAUUCAUUUUAGUGCAACAUGUCGUUUGAGUCAGACUGGUUUCGUUCUGAAUCUGAAGAAGAAGAACUAUUACUUCUUGUAUCGACAUUAAGAAAAAGACGAAGAAUAUGGGUUCAUGAAAUUAAUCAAAAAAGAAAGAAGCUUGGAGAAAAUAAAUUAUGCAAAGAACUACAGCAGCAUAGUGAUCGUUUUUUCACUUAUUUUAGAAUGUCGCCUGAAACUUUUGAUUACUUGCACAACCAACUUCAGCCAUAUAUCCAGAAGAAAAAUACAAACUUCAGGGAAAGUAUAUCCUCAAAGGAAAGAUUGGCAAUAUGUUUAAGAUUUUUGGCUACGGGCGAUACUUUUACUACUAUUUCAUCUUCAUACCGAAUGGGUAUAAGCACCGUUUCAAGUAUAGUUUCUGAAGUUUGUGAAGCUAUUUGGAAAGUAUUGCAGCCAAUAUACAUUCCAGUACCAACUCUACAGACAUGGGAGCAAAUAUCAGAAGGAUUUUAUACAAUAUGGGGCUUUCCAAACUGCCUUGGGAGUAUUGAUGGAAAACAUAUAACUAUCAAGUCUCCACCUAACAGUGGAUCGAUGUUUUAUUGCUACAAAAAUAAAUUUUCUAUCGUUCUUCUGGCGCUAGUUGAUGCACAUUAUAAGUUCAUUUAUAUAGAUGUUGGAUCAUAUGGCAAGGAUUCAGAUAGUACAAUUUUUGAAAAUUCAACACUCUACAAACUUGUAAAAGGAAGGAAAAUGGAAUUGCCUGCAUCUAAACCUUUACCAGGUUGUGAAAACCCUACACCACACGUGUUCAUCGGCGAUGGAGGUUUUAGAUUGGAAACUUUUCUAAUGAGACCGUUUACUAGAGAAUCAAUAAUAAAUGAUCCUGAUAAAAAAAAAUUUAAUCGUGCAUUAAGUAGAGCUAGAGUUGUCGUGGAAUGUGCAUUCGGAAUAUUGGCCCAGAAGUUUCGUAUAUUUUUGAGACCCUUUGAAACUGAUAAAAACAAUACCGUAAAAGUCGUCAAAGCAGCAGCAUGUCUACACAAUUAUUUACAAGAUAUGGAAAGUGCCUAUGUGUAUGAAAACAAAAAUUCUACUAAUCCUUUGGGAGCAUUUGUAUCCAUACAACCAAACAGACAUAGGGCAAAUAAUGAAGCGUUUGAUGUUAGACAAAAUUUUGUGAAUUAUUUUAAAAGCUAGUUUCUGUAAUUAAAUGGAAUGCAUUGUA